GAAACCCUGCCACAGCCUCCCGCCCACAGCCUCCACCACCUUUCUCUCUUCAGGGGCGAUUCACCGCCGCUGUAACGCUGUACCGUCGCAAACCUCUCUGCUAGGCUGUACAAAAAACAAUGGCUGGCCGCUUCGUACGAGCGUCCAAGUACCGCCAUGUCUUCGGACAAGGCGCGAAAAAGGAGCAAAGCUACGACAACCUGCGCAUCUCCAAGAACGCCUGGGACACCAACCUCAUCAAGGCAAACCCAGAAUACCUCUCCGUCAACUGGGAAGCCAGCGGCGGUGGCGCAUUCGCCGUCAUUCCCCUCAAUGAGAAGGGACGCGUCCCCGAGCAGAUACCCCUCUUCCGGGGGCACACCGCCGCUGUUCUCGACACCGACUGGAGUCCGUUCAACGAUUCAUUGAUCUCUUCGGCUUCGGACGAUGGCAAGGUCUUCAUUUGGAAGGUGCCAGAGGGCUUCUCGCUUUAUAGCGACGCUGAAGAACCCAACGAUGUCACUCCCGUCGCCAAGCUGAGCGGCCAUCUGAGGAAAGUCGGACACGUCCUCUUCAACCCGGCCGCCGAAAACGUUCUCGCGUCCUCAUCCGGAGACUACACCGUAAAGCUGUGGGAUGUAGAGGCUGGCGCAGCCAAGCUCACCUUGAAGCACAAGGACAUCGUGCAAUCUCUCUCCUGGAGCGCCGAUGGCUCCCAGCUCGUCACGACAAGCCGAGACAAGAAGCUGCGUGUGUGGGAUGUGCGACAGGAAGCGCCCGCGAUCGAAGUCCAGGGCCACCCAGGAGCCAAGAGCAGCCGUGCUGUUUGGUUGGGCGAGCACGACCGCAUUGCGACCACGGGUUUCUCUCGCAUGAGCGACCGCCAGCUUGCUCUGUGGGACGCGCGCAAGCCGGGAGAGCCUAUCGGCGGAUUCACGAUUCUGGACAGCAUCUCCGGUGUCUGCAUGCCCUUCUGGGACGAGGGUACUCAGUGCCUGUACCUUGCUGGAAAGGGCGACGGCAACAUCCGUUACUACGAAUACGAGAACGACAAGUUCGAGUAUCUCUCCGAAUACAAGUCUGGCGAGCCGCAGCGUGGUAUCGCCUUCAUGCCCAAGCGCGGCAUCAACCUGCACGAGAAUGAGGUUCUCCGUGGUUUCAAGACUGUCAACGACUCUUACAUCCAGCCAAUCUCCUUCAUCGUUCCCAGGCGCGCCGAGAUGUUCCAAAGCGAUAUUUACCCACCUACGACCGGUCUCAAUGCCGGUGCUACUGCGCAAGAAUGGUUUGGCGGCAAGACGGCUUUGCCUCCAAAGAUCUCCCUGGAGUCAGUGUACGAAGGCGAUGGUCCUAAGGAGGUCCCCGCCGAAUACAAGCCACCUCAGGCCGCUGAACCCAUCCGAAGCCCGUCCCCCACAAAGACCGAAGCGCCCAAACCUGUAGAAGCUCCCGUUCCAUCACCAGUGACCCGUGGACCACCUCCCUCGAUGAGCGACAACAAGGCUUCUCUCGCGGCGGGUGCGUCGAAGUUCGCUGACAAGGACGAAGAAUCUGAAGAUGAGACCAGCAGCUUCGAGGAGGUACCGAAGCCUGUUGAGCGGCCGUCUGCUAUGGCUGCACGCCAGGAGGAGACGACGCGUGGUCCUACCUUAAAGCAGGAGCCCGAGCCAUCGAAGCCCACCCCGGCCCCGACUCCCGCGCCGGCUGCCUCAGCACCUGCACCUGCCGCAUCAACCCCUACCUCAUCGUCGACGCCUACGCCUGCACCGACCGCUUCAGGCGCCGCAGCUGGACUGAAGGACUUCCUGGCCGAUAUCAAGAACACGGUUCAACAACAAAGCGAGACCUUGCAGCGCCAGAACCAGAUCAUGUCCGAUCAGUCUGACCAGAUUGCCCUGCUACUAAAGAAAGUCGGCACUCUGGAAACCAAGAUCAGCUCGCAAGGCGGCGAUCGCGAGAAGGAUGAGCGCAUUCGUGAAUUGGAGCUUGAGCUGGAAGAGGCCCGAUCUUGAUUGUCAACGACAAGCUGAGCACAGCAAGCGCGCGACUUAUCACGCAAUCUGUGCGUUGUGUCGUUGCUGGUGACGGAUCCGUGGCUGGCAGGUUCAUUCUGGAUCUGUACUGUUACGGAUCGUUCGCGCAUUAUUUCGAAUCUCGAGCUGCUGGUUUACGAUGUAAAACAAGGGAAAACUGCAAUGGUCAUGUCGGAACGGCCUGGGCAAUGUUGAAUAUGUUGGGUGCGUGGUCUGUAGCGUUGGUUGUCUCUCUUCCUCCGUGGUAGUUAGCGGCAUGUGUCGAUAUGUUACUCGAAUAUUUCCAAAAUGGAUCACUCAAGCGCUUC